AACAUUUAAAGGAAAUUGUAGAAUAAGAAGAAGACAAUAACAUGGAUAUUGGCGAAUUGCUGGCGUUUAAGCCUGAGCAGACACCAAAGCGGCCACAUGAGGACGAUGAUGAUUUUGCGCUACCAGAGCCAAGUGAUGUUGAUAUUGGAAAACGGGGCGGCGGCGGCGAAGAAAAAGCAAAGCGAAUGCGCCGCAUUGUAGAGGCCAAGGAGACAGCAAACUACAAGAAGCCACACGAUAGCAACGCACCGGGGGGCACUAGUGGCAGCACAUUUGAGUUCGAUCCCGAGUUAACAGAGGAGGAACGUAUGAAUAUUUUGAAAUAUGUGGAAAACGAAGAGGCAGAGGGCGAUGCGCUAGACGAGCAGGGCCUAAAGAAGCUUAUACUGGUAUUUGAAAAGCGUAACCUAAAGAAUCAAGAGAUGCGCAUAAAAUUCUCUGACAAUCCAGAGAAAUUCAUGGAAUCAGAGUUGGAGUUGCAUACAGUGAUACAAGAGCUUAAAGCCAUAGCAACAGUACCAGACCUGUAUCCACUGCUGGUGGAGCUAAGUGGUCUGCACAGCCUGCUGGAGUUGCUAGCACAUCAGAACACAGACAUAGCUGUGGCUGUAGUUGAUCUAUUGCAGGAGGUAACAGAUGUGGAUAUUUUGGGUGAAAGCAACGAGGGUGCCGAAGCGCUAAUAGAGUCUUUGCGAAAGGAACAAAUAUGUGCGCUGCUCGUGCAAAACUUGGAGCGUCUCAAUGAGCAGGUUAAGGAGGAAGCUGAUGGCGUGCAUAAUACCUUAGCCAUUAUAGAGAAUCUAACCGAAAUCGAUAGUGAAUUUGUACGUGAGGCAGCCACACAAGGUCUGUUAGCUUGGCUGCUAAAGCGUCUUAAGGGCAAAACCCCCUUUGAUCCAAACAAACUAUACUGCAGCGAGAUCUUGUCCAUCUUGAUUCAAACUGAAAACGACAAUAGGAUAUUGCUUGGCACGCAGGAUGGCGUGGAUGUGCUGCUGCAGCAGUUGGCCGUCUACAAGCGUCACGACCCCGCUAGCAAUGAAGAACAGGAAUACAUGUCCAACUUGUUCAAUUGCAUGUGCUCUGCACUGAUGGCGCGUCCAAAUCGCGAUCGCUUUCUUAAUGGCGAAGGCUUGCAGCUGAUGAAUCUUAUGCUACGUGAAAAGAAAAUGUCUCGUAAUGGCUCCUUAAAGGUGCUGGAUCAUGCUAUGGCCGGCCCAGAUGGUCGUGAGAACUGCAAUAAGUUUGUAGAGAUUCUAGGCUUGCGCACCAUUUUUCCAUUGUUUAUGAAGACACCGAAGCGUAACAAACAGCGUCUGCUUUCUGUGGAUGAGCACGAAGAGCAUGUGUGCUCAGUGUUAGCCUCCAUGCUGCGCAAUUGCAAGGGCACUCAGCGUGCGCGUAUGUUGACCAAAUUCACGGAAAACGAUCAUGAGAAGGUGGAUCGCCUGCUGGAGCUGCAUUUGAAGUAUUUGGCCAAGGUAGAGACUAUUGAUAAGGAAAUCGAUCAAGAGCCCAAGGAUGCUGACAUAGACGAAGACGAGGAAGCGGAGAAUAAUUAUAUUAAACGCUUGACCGGCGGUUUGUUUACGCUGCAGCGCAUCGAUUAUAUUCUGCUGGAAGUCAGCGCAACCUCAGAGACCGUCAAACAGCGCGUGCUGCAAAUACUAAAUUUACGUGGCGCCUCCAUGAAGACCAUCAGAAGCAUCAUGCGUGAAUACGCUGGUAAUUUGGGUGAUGGCGACAUAGACUGGCGAGAACAGGAACAGACACAUAUACUUUCUCUAGUCGAUCGUUUUUAAGAACCACAACCACAAAUAAAACGUCUAAAUACAAUAAACCCAACA